GUGAUCAAAUCAAAUGAUCGUCGGUUUUAUGAUCGGCUAACUGUAUCAAGCAUUGACUUGAAAUUAGUUUGAAAUGUCCAGUUUCGAAGGGUGUUGAUGGCCUCGGAGAUCGAGGUCGUUGAGGAGAUGGAAGUCAGAGAUCGGGAAGCCGCGGCUGCGAAUGACGGAGAGGCCUCGGGAGUCGCGGUGGUGGAGGAGGAGAGUUUGAAGAACGAACCGAACAAUGUCUAUACGUCGGCGGCGUAUGGAGACAUGGAGAAGCUGCAGAGAUUGGUAGAGAGCGAGGGUUGCUCAAUCUCUGAGCCCGAUGGCCUUGGCUACUAUGCUCUCCAGUGGGCUGCUCUCAACAACCGCACUGCGGCAGCUCAAUACAUCAUUCAGCAUGGUGGAGAUGUUAAUGCUGCAGAUCAUACCGGACAAACGGCAUUACACUGGACUGCAGUUCGAGGUGCAAUCCCAGUUGCAGAGAUUUUACUCCAAGCGGGUGCUCGCAUAAAUGCUAUUGAUAUGUAUGGUUAUCAGGCAACCCAUGUUGCUGCACAAUAUGGCCAUACAGAUUUUCUGUAUUGUAUUGUCACAAAGUGGAAUGCUGAUCCCGAUGUUCCAGACAAGGAUGGGAGAAGCCCUUUACACUGGGCUGCAUACAAGGCUUUUGCUGAUUGUAUACGACUUUUGUUGUUUCUGGAUGCAUAUCCGGGACGACAGGAUAAAGAGGGGUGCACUCCUCUUCACUGGGCUGCUAUCAGAGGUAACCUUGAGGCAUGCACAGUAUUAGUGCAGGCUGGGAAGAAGGAAGGCCUGAUGGUGAAAGACCAUACUGGCCUUACGCCUGCACAGCUUGCUUCUGAUAAAAAUCACCGACACGUUGCUCUUUUCCUUGGAAAUGCUAGACAGCUGUAUGACAAAAAUUGUGAUGGGAAAAGCCUACUUGGGAAAUUUUCAAAAUUAGGCCUUGCUCCAACACUUUGGUGUAUAAUCAUUCUGCUACUUGUAACUUAUAUUCAUGCCGUCAUCUUGGCUCCAAACCUUCCAAAAUUAACUGCUGCCAGUGCUUCCUGUGCAUGGUUGGGUGUUUUUAUUGCAACUUCUGCACUAGUUCUGUUUUAUAGGUGCAGCAGAAAAGAUCCAGGGUACAUUAGUAUGAGCUUACGUGAUUUGCAAAAUAUAAAAGAUGAUGAACCAUUGUUGAAGAAUGAUGUAUAUCACCCUGCUCUGCUUGCUGGGAAUUGGUCUCAGCUAUGCUCCACAUGCAAGAUUGUCCGCCCUCUUCGUGCAAAACAUUGUUCUACUUGUGAUCGUUGUGUAGAGCAGUUUGAUCAUCACUGCCCUUGGGUAUCUAAUUGCAUCGGCAAGAGAAACAAAUGGGAAUUUUUCUUGUUUCUUGUUCUUGAAAUAUUGGCUAUGCUAAUAACUGGUGGAGUCACUUUUACAAGAGUCUUGACUGAUCCAAUGGCCCCAUCUUCUUUCGUUGCAUGGUUAAACUACACUGGUACUCAACAUAUUGGUGCUAUAACGUUUAUAAUUGCCGAUGUUUUCCUCUUCUCUGCUGUUUCAGCCUUAACUGUGGUACAAGCUUCUCAGAUUUCCCGCAAUAUCACAACGAAUGAAGUGGCUAAUGCACCACGCUAUAGUUACCUCAAAGAUCAAAACGAUCAAUUCAGAAAUCCUUAUGAUCAUGGACGCAAGAAAAACUGUUCAGAUUUCUUGAUAAAUGGUUACAGUCAAGAUGUGGAGUACACAGCAGCAUCAACUCAGCCUGUGGGAAUCGGGAUGAUGCAUAUAACUACGAGUUCAACCCCACAAAAUGGUGUUGGCCAUUCCCAUCAGACCAAGGAAAGUAGCCAUGUAACUAUAGACGUGAAUAAGAGCCCAGGUAGCUAUCACAAUCAUGCUCAGUUUUCCAGUUGUAGCCAUCAUAGUACCAAAAACAAAACAGAUUCAUUUGCUGUAUCUUCUGAAUUAGGUAUUGGCCAAUUGCGAAAUGCUGCCAAAACUGCGGUUUCAUGCUUCAUAGUAUAAUACUGCGCCUUGUUUGUUGGGAAUGCCGUCCUUCAUACACACUGUUAUAUUAUGUUGUAGGGAUACAAGCUUGCAAAUGAUAAGAAUGAAUUUGAAGCUGUUUGAAUUGGCCAAUUCUUUUGCAAUUAAUUCAUCCCCCCACAUCAACAAUUAUCUUGAACAAAAGCUAUUUGAUCUGACAUUCUCCCCGAAAUAACUCUUGAUAAUGUUUCUCUUACAAAUAUGUGGGUUAUAGAAAAGUUACAGGGUACCGAAAGGCUCUGGUGCCUUUGGUACCCAGUACCAUUAUAUAGAAAAGUUACAGGGUACCAAGUACAAUUACAAACUAUUACUCAAUAAUGCACUUUUUCAUUAUGUUAUUUUAUACAC